AUGUUAUUUUAUGUUAACAAUGGUGCACAAACAAUAAGUGCAGUAUCGAAAUUACUUCGUCAAAAUGAUUUUCGACUUUAUUAUCAGAUACCAUCCUCAAACGAAAAUGCUAUACCCAUUCGUAUUCCGCUUUGUUUGGCUUAUAUGAGUGCUGUAGGGAAGAUUUAUCAUUUUCCAAUAGCGUGUACAAUAGAUAAAUGGACUGGUAGGGAAUCAUGGCGUGUACUAUAUGGUGAUCCAAGGCCUUCCUCAUUUGCAACAUUGUCAGCUCUCGUAAAAUAUCACAAAAUUUAUUCCUAUAUGGAUCCAAAAACCGGUGCCAUCGAUACAUUUCCGGUUUGGAAAGGUGCUAUAAUUGAUUUUGAUGAAAUUGAUUAA